AAACCCACGCAUCUCCUUCUUUAGUCUUCUGCGUUGCGUCUUCUUGGGUUCCGCCGUUCUCUUGUCGCUAUAUCUAAGACAAGACAUAGCCUUCCCCGUCGUCUCCCAUCUCAUCACAUCGCCGUCGCCGGAGCGAGGUGCGGAAGAGGUCAUCUGCGCGCGGGAUGGAGGCAGCGGCGAACAAGCGCAGCGGCAUCGGGUUCGGCGCCACGGCGGCCGCGGAGGAGGAGAAGGGCCGCAAGAGGGGCCACGGAUCCACCGCGCUGUUCGUGGCGGUGGACUACGCCUUCCUGCUCGCCUUCGCCGGGUUCCUCGCCUACCUCGUCGUCUCCCAGAUCCUCCCUUCCGCCAUCUAGAUCGGUCGCCCGUCGUCGUUUGCUUCUGGAUGCGAUGCGUGUGAAAUCCCGAGAUCUUGGCUCGGGGUAUAGUCACCUCCUCCUUGUCUCGUUUGAUGCAAUGGAUUCCGCGUCUGUAACAAUCAAAAUAUGAGACGACAAGUAGCUCGGAUGCUGUUCCUUUGCGAUUUUGCAUGACGAAUUGUAAUGCCCCAGUCUUGCCGUGUUCUAGAACAAUAAAAUGCUUCAGUGUUCCUUUGUUCA